AUGGCAACUACUUCGAUGGAUUAUGAGGCGGCGGGCGGUGACCGCUACGAUGACGAUGUUACUCGCUAUGAUCGCGAUAACAGGAGCGCGUCUCCUCGGCCGACUCGCGAUGAAACUGAUAGUGGACGUAGGAGGUCAGCUUCACCAAAUGGAAACACCGAGUCUAUUGCAAAAGAAUCCUCUGGCCCAAAAGAUGAUGACGAUGGCGCUAUCAAUCCAGGAUCCAAUCUUUUCGUCACCGGUAUACAUCCUCGUUUAACCGAAGGGGAGGUUUCGAAGAUGUUCGAAAAAUAUGGUGAUGUCGAAAAAUGCCAGAUCAUGCGUGAUCCUCAUACGAAGGAAUCUCGUGGAUUCGGCUUCGUUAAGAUGGUAACAUCCGAACAGGCUGAAGCAGCGAAAGAAGGUCUUCAGGGCGAGCAGAUUGAAGGCCGCACCCUUAGCAUUGAAAAGGCGCGACGCGCUCGUCCACGCACUCCAACGCCCGGCAAAUAUUUUGGGCCACCUAAGCGAGAUCCUCGUCCUCGCUUUGAUGACCGCCGACGUGGUGGCUAUAGCGGCACAGGUAGCUACGGACGUGAUGACAAUUAUAGAUACCGUGGCUAUGAGCGCAACUAUGAUCGUCGAAAUGACGAUCGCGGUCACGAGCGCGGUGGCUACGAACGAAACUACGAACGUGGGGGUUACAGGGAGGACCGCCGGUACGAUGAUCGCGGUUAUAGUCGCGAGUCUGAUCGUGGGCCUUAUGAACGCAGAGACCGCGAUGAAUACUACGGUCGAGAGCGAUACGCAGGACGUGAUGAUCGCGAUCGCUACAGUGCUCGAGGCGGUCCUGGAGGAUAUGAACGUGAUCGGUAUGACCGUCAGGUCGACCGCAGUGCCCCGAGAGACCGAGAACCAGUCCCUGGUGGUUAG